UCUAUGGAUUUUGAAUGUCACUAAAGCCUUCUAACAAAAUGUUUAAUGUAAAUAUUUCUAUGUAGACAAUUACCAAAUUAAGAUGAAAUAGCACAUAAUCUUCGUUAUGAGUGGGGCCAAUAAAAAUGAAAAAAAGGAGGAGGACUGUAGUUGCUAUGCGGAGUCUCGAAAAAAGAAGACUUGUCCUCCUGUGCGCAAUGUGACACAUCCAUUGCGGUACUAUGAGUUUUCACAAGACGAGAUAAAAGCGCUGGAAGAAUGUGACAAAGAGAGCUUUUAUCAACGUUGCUUGCCGUUUAGCACGCUCUUUGCUACUCUCACGUACGCUGCUAUCAAAUAUGGGUUCAUGAGCCGCAAUCCACACUUUGGCGCAGUGCCUAAGGUUGUCGUUGCUGCAAUCGUGGGUCACUGUUAUGGUCGCCUUUCUUACAUUCCGGACUGUGAAGUCAAACUGAGAAAGUUGCCUGCGAACAGUCAUCUCGGAAACGUUAUGCGAAAAUAUUAUUUGGAAAAUAAUCCUCCCCCAGAUCCUAAAAAAUAGCGAUGAUGAGAUAAAAUUCGAUCUAAAUAAUUUUGAUUUAUUUAAUAACAUAAUGAACUC